CCCUGCUCAUUGCAUACAGAGCCCUUCCUCUUUUCACCGCCACCUAAACACGCUUCCUUUAUUUAUUAAAUAAAGAUUGCCGGAUUACAUACAAUUGCCACUUUUUCAUCUGAUGCAUGACACGGAGUGCGAUAAACGUAUUGUUUUAUGAGGACGGUUUCUUCUACCGGAUGACAUUGGGGGACUAAGCGAUCACCAUGACGACAGACGAGGCAGCGGACAGCCAGCAGCAGAAGAAGAAGCGCGGCCAGCGGCCCGCCGAGGAGCCGGAGGAGGGCGGCCGGGACCACGGGCCCCCCGCCGAGCCCGGCCCCGCCCCCGCCGCGCCCGACCCCGAGGAGGAGGCGGAGCUCCGGCCCCGACCCCGCGGCCUCUCGCGCCUCUUCUCCUCCUUCCUGAAGCGCCGCUCGCAGCACGAGGAGGGGGGCCAGGCCGGGGGGCCGGGCGACAGCAGCGCCGGGGGCAAGGAGCCCAAGGCGCCCAUCGCCGACCCCGAGCCCGAGCUGAAGGCGGAGGGGGAGGGGGAGGGGGAGGUGGCGGCCGACCAGCGCUCCGUCAGCAGCGCCGAGGCCCAGCCUGCCCAGGUGGAGCCCAACGAGGACGAGAGGUCAGACAGUGAGGACGAAGGAGACAAGGAGCCGGAGAAAGGCCAGGAGGGGAGCUCUGAGAAGGGCCCUGAGCAGGAGGAGGAGCCUGUGGAGGGAGGAGGGGGAGGGGGAGGAGGGGGAGGAGGGGAGAAAGAGGGCGAGGGCGGAGAGGGGGAGACGGAGGGGAAGAAGGACAUCGCGUCGGAGGAGGGGGGAGAGGCCAAGGCGGUGAAGGCGGCGCGGCGACCCAGGAUCAUGCAGAUCAAAGUCAGCCUGCUGGACCACACUCUGUUUGAGUGUGAGCUGGAUAAACAUGCCAAAGGCCAGGACCUGUUUGUGAGGGUGUGUGACCACCUCAACCUGCUGGAGAGAGACUACUACGGCCUGGCCAUCUGGGAGACCCCCAGCAUGAAGGUCUGGAUGGACUUCACCAAGGAGAUCCGUCGGCAGGUGCAAGGCACCGACUACAACUUCACCUUCAAUGUGAAGUUCUACCCCCCUGACCCUGCCCAGCUGUCGGAGGACAUCACAAGGUACUACCUGUGUCUCCAGCUCCGUAAGGACAUCCUGGCGGGCAGGCUGCCCUGCUCCUUCGUCACCCUGGCGCUGCUGGGGUCCUACGCCCUGCAGUCGGAGCUGGGCGAGUACGACGCCGAGACGCACCCCCCCGACUACGCCAAGAGCAUGAAGCUGGCUCAGGGCCAGACCACGGAGCUGGAGGAGAAGAUGAUGGAGCUGCAUCGCACCUACAGAUCGAUGAGCCCAGCACAGGCGGACAUGAUGUUCCUGGAGAACGCCAAGAAGCUCUCCAUGUACGGAGUGGACCUCCACCAGGCCAAGGACCUGGACGGGGUCGACAUCACGCUGGGUGUGUGCUCCAGUGGGCUGAUGGUGUACAAAGACAAGCUGCGGAUCAACCGCUUCCCCUGGCCCAAGGUGCUGAAGGUGUCCUACAAGCGCAGCAGCUUCUUCAUUAAGAUCAGGCCCUCUGAGCUGGAGCUAUAUGAAAGUGCCAUCGGCUUCAAGCUACCCAACUACAAGGCGGCCAAGAAGCUCUGGAAGGUUUCUGUGGAGCAUCAUACAUUCUUCAGGCUGACCUCCACGGAGGUGGCGACCACGCCCAGGAAGUUCCUGGCCCUGGGCUCCAAGUUCCGGUACAGCGGGCGGACGCAGGCCCAGACACGCCAGGCCAGCUCGCUGAUCGACCGGCCCGCCCCGCUCUUCCAGCGCUCGUCCAGCAAGAGGAACUCCCGGAGCCUGGACGGAGCCAUGGCGACCACCCCGGACAAGAACAGCCGUCCCGUCAGCGCGCCCAUCAUGUCCCCCGUGUCGCCGGACGCGGCCCCCUCGCCGCUGCCCUCCGGGGGCCCCCCCCUGCGGGGCCUCCAGCGCCACAUCGCCGGCCCCAAAGAGCGCCAGUCGCGCUCCGCCGACAGGAGGGCCACCAACGUGAAGACGGAGAGGCCCCCCGAAGCCGCCAAGACCCAGAGCCCCCGACCCGAGUCCACGCCGGACAUCAAGCUACCUAGUUUUCGACUAAACCCUAACGGCCUGGCAUGCACUAUUUUUCUUUCUAACGCUAAUGCAAGUAGCUCCAUCGUUUCUACUCCAUGUUGUCUUGCUCGUGCGUUGGCAUCAUUUGACAAAUACACCACUAGGAGGAACGCCGUCGUUUCAACAAGAUGCUUCUUAUGGCACACGAUUGUCCAACUCUGUUGAGCACAUGUAUCUGUAAAGAACGUGUGCCAGUGAGAGCUGUUAUGCUGCAACGACCUCAAAGAUGUUCUUCUACGUUGCCUUGUCCUUAAUUAGCCAAGGAAUUCAACCACUGUUUUUUUUUUAAGACACACUCUUAGAAACACUGAGUUGAAAACACUCUUAGUUGUGUAUUUUUCAAAAUGUUUGCCAGUUGUUUCAUACUGUUUCAUGCUGACAUUCCUUCUCUCUGGCAUUCCAUUCACGCGGUUGUGUCCGCCACCUGGUGGCCACUCAGGGUGUUGAUGUUGAACUUGACUCCUCACUUAAACGCAGUCCAACCCGUGUGUGGGCCUCCACGCGUGUGUUUGUGUGUGUGUGUGUUUGUGUGCGCGUGUAUGUGUGGGAAAGGGGGGGAUUUACGUGUGUAAACUUUUUCCUUUCCAAUUUAAGAAAACGACACGUUCAACUGGUAAUGAUGGGUGAACAUUUAUGUAGUUCGAAGCGUUACUUAGCGUUUAAUCUUUAUGCAGCGAUCUGUUCUGCGUGAUGCUGUAACGCCAACCAUGUUCCCGCCAGGGAAAGGGUUCUGGUUUCAGAAUGUCCAGUAAGACCUUUUUCAGUUGAUUUUAAAUCUGCAGAAUAGGCAGAUUAUUAGAACCAGGUUCUUCCCAGCUGGGUCUGCAGGCCUUCAUUAUAGCUGCUCUUCUCUGAACACUGAACACAGGCAUGAAUAAGCACAGUGAGUGCGUCUUCUCUUCUCGCAACACGGUGUGUAUGAACCCUGCCAUAGUAUGUUACAACAUCUUCACAGGCCCCAACACCCCCUGGAUCACUGCCAGCCCACCCAUUCAUUCAGAGCAUGCGUCGCGGCAUGACCCAAACUCAAUGCU